CAUCCGUGUGAGGGGCUCGCUGUGGCAGAAUGUGGUUGCUGUCGCUGCUUGUUCCCUUCUUCAGACUUUAUUUCUGUGGAAUCAGAGUUCUUCUCUACCAGAUGUUCAACAGAUCAUUUACACUACCAGUCUUACCUGAACAAAAUGGAAAAGUUGCCAUUGUGACUGGGGGCACUCGAGGAAUGGGUUUUGAGACUGCGAGACACCUGGCCAGCCUGGGCAUGCAUGUUAUAAUAGCUGGGAUCGAGCAGCAAGAGGGCAUCAUGGCUGUCCAGAAGAUUCAUCAAGAACACACCAAAGGCAAAGUGGAGUUUGUCUACCUGGACUUGACUUCACUGAAAUCUGUCUGGCAGUUUGCUCAGAUGUUCAAGGACCAAGGUCUUUCUCUCCAUGUUCUGGUUAACAACGCAGGAACCAUGCUGGUUCCUCAGAGACAGACGGAGGAUGGUUUUGAGUUCCACUUUGGCCUCAACUACCUUGGGCAUUUCCUGUUAACCAACCUCCUGCUAGAUAUUCUGAAGAAGUCAGGAGGACCAGGCUGCUGCUCUCGAAUAGUAAAUAUGUCCUCUGCAACGCACUACGCGGGUGUUCUGGACAUGAAUGACCUUCAGAAAAGAAUCUGUUACAGCUCCCACGGGGCUUAUGCUCAAAGCAAACUUGCUUUGGUGCUUUUCACCUACUACCUGCAGGAUCAGCUGACAGCCGGCGGCUAUUCUGUCACGACCAACGCUGUGGACCCGGGCAUGGUGGACACGGCACUUUAUGACAACCUGUGGAGCCUGGCACAGGCACUGAAGAAGCCUGUGGCCAAGCUUCUGUUCAGGACUCCAGCAGAGGGCGCUUCUACAGCUAUCUAUGCUGCAGUGGCAUCUGAGAUGGAGGGAGUGGGUGGAUGCUAUUUGUACAAUGGACAGAAGACCCAGUCGUCUCCCGUUUCCUAUGACUCUAAUGUACAAGCUCAGCUGUGGAAAAAGAGUUGUGCACUUGUUGGUCUUGAGAAGGUGUGACGUGGCAAGGAGGGGCCCUGACAGCUGACACCAGCACAGAUCGGUCCUACAUUCCAUUAUACACCCAAAUCUACACUCUUUAGAAUACACAUUCUGACUCGUGUUAGAAGCCAUGUGAAACCAGCCUCUGCACAAUAGAUACAGAUUCAUGUCCCACUCUAGAGGUGGGACAUGAAUCCCACUGCUGUCUACUCAGGCCACCCACUGGCAGCUAUCAUGGUGCCACCAAAGACAUCCAUCCACCCAUUUUCUAUACCUGCUUACUCCAAUAAAGGGUCACGGGGGAUCUGGAGCCUAUCCCAGCUCAGGACGUCAGUCUGUUGCUGUGGUACACA